AUGCUCGACGCCAGGUCCUACCCAUUGCUGGUCGGCCUGAUCGUGCUGGUCUGGUUCUCCCGGCCGGCCCACGCCUUCGGAGCUGGCAACAUCGCCGGCAUCUCCAAGAUUGAGGGCCAGAACUGGCGCCAUGGCGACAUUGAAGAUGCGCUCCUCACCCUUGCGAUGGCCCGCUCCAUGAACGGCAAGAAGUUCACCAAGAUGAUGGUCUCUCGUGUCUACUUCGGCAACUGGCUGAGAGACUACUCCCAAGCCAUUGACGUCGGUACCGUCAAGUCUGUCUCAGCCGAGGCCAUCCGCCUGCUCCUUUGCGUCCUGGGCUUCCUUACCUUCGGCUACGGAUCCAGGGAGUUCGAGGUUACGGCCGACAGACUGGGCUGCUACCGCCCCGAGGACCACAUUGACAACCCCAAGAACUACGCCGACAACAUCGAUGCCCGCCAGUACGACCGUCGCCUUAGAGGCCCCGUUGACGAGGGCGUCGAGCUUGCCAUCGACGAGCGCACCGGAAUGAAGAACUACAUUGCGAACGAGCAGGCCGGUAUCAUGACCUCUGCCGCUCACGUCCGCAAGCUCUUCGCCACCUGCAUCGAGCUCGCUCGAGGAUACGGUCGCAACAAGAAUGAGGCCGAUCUCUACGAGGCGAUGCGCCUGAUGGGAACCGGUCUGCACUGCUUGGAAGGUACGGUGCUCGACAACUUUAUCCUCAGCUACUUCUUUGCGCACAGCAACUACACCGAGCUUGCCCUCAUCGAGAUGGGCGAGCGCGACACGUUCCCCCACGUCGGCAGAGACACCCGCAUUAGACUCGAAGGCGCUAGAGACGAGGUCUAUCCGAUUGUCACUGGCACUUUCGGUGGUGUUGACUUCCUGCACUCCGUUACUGGAGAGGUCUCUGACAAGCUCACCCAGAACGAGAUUGAGGAGCUUGAGGGCACCCUUCAGGAGAGCAAGAAUAACGACACCAGCAUUCUGCGCAACUUGCUGGACAUGAUUCCCGAUGGUAUAUUUGGCGGUAAGCACCAGAGCAACCGGGUGGAUGAGCUCCAGAGCAGCGCUGCCGAGUCGCAGCUCCAGAACAUGCAGGUCUCUCCCAGAGACCCUGAGGAGUUCACUCAGUACAUCCAGAACGUUUUCAAGCAGAUCAUGCCUGCCAUUCAGUUCCACGACGAGAUUCUGCAGGGCAUCAGCGAGGCCAUUGAGAAGAUUCCCGUCCUCCCCAAGAUUCUGGAGCAGCUUGAGGAGCAGCUUUCCAAGUUUGUCUUCUCUCUCAUUGCCCCCUUCAUCAUCCCUGUCAUCAGCCAGAUCCGCAACGAGCUGCGCACUGGUUCUGCCGAGAUCAUCGAGAGCAGUGAGAGGGAGCAACACGUCGUCUUCGAUGAUGACCGCAGCACCGACCCCACUCACUCUAUGCUGUCCAAGGACCACUUUACCAACAUUCUGAACGAGAUUGCUGGCCGCUGCGCUGCUCUGACUGUGCAGUGGGUUGUGCCUCAACUGAUGGAGGCCAUUGAUGAUGAGGGUGUUGAUGUUAACCGCACCAUCAACCGCAUCAUCUUCGGCGUCAUGCACCACCCCGCUCAGCGCGAUAUGGGCGAGGACGGUGCGACUGAGGGACGUCAGAAGAUCUUCCGGUUCGUCGAGGAGUGGUGGAACAACAUGGAUAGAAGCCAGCAGGAUGACUACCGCCGCAAGUUGAGCCGUGAGGGCGUCCAGCGGGGAGAGAACCACAAGGAGGGCGAGCACGACACUGGCCACGGCCACGGCUGCAGUGGAAAGCUUCACAUGCGCAAGCAAUUCGGUGAGCCCAAGAAUUGGGAGGACAAGGUUGCCGACCAGGCUGCUGGCGCCAUUCUCGAGGGUGCUUCUGGAGCCAUUGCCGGCCUGGUGCAGCAGCAAGCUGGCGUUAAGAUCCCCCAGUACAAGCACCAGCAGGAGGAAGAGGAGUCCAGUGGAGGUGGAGGUGCAGGCGGGCUCAUUGGCUCUAUCCUCGGCGGUGUUUUCAAGAAGGACGAGACCGAGUCUCGCCACAGCAGCCGUCGCGAUGACGAGGGCAACUACACGCAGACUCAGACUGAGUAUGGCCACCACGGCAACAAGUACGGCCAGGCUGAGUAUAAGGAGACUCAGUACUCUGGCGGUGGAGGCCGCUCCGAGUACCGUCGCUACGAGCAGGAAGACAGCCAAGGCGGACGUCAGACCAGCGGCUACGAGUACCAGGAGACCACAGAGACUAGACCUUCCUAUGGCGGUGGAUACGAGCAGCGCACCGAGACUCACCGCUACGAGGGCAGCACGGGUGGUGGCUACGGCGGUGGAAACCGACGCGACGAGGACGAGGGAGGCUACGGUGGUCGUCGUCAUGAUGAGGGCGGAUACGGAGGCGGUCGACGCGACGACGAGGGUGGCUACGGUGUUACGGUCGAGCACCACGGCCGACGCCGUGAUGACGACGACGAUGAGCGUCGCGAGGGCGGCGGCGGCUUCGGCGAGUUCAUCGGCAAGGUUGCCGAGAGCUUCGGCGACAACAACAACCGCAGAUGGUAG